CUUUUUUUUUUUUUUUUAUAGAAUUAAUUUAAAGGAAAUUUGUCAAUUGUUGAAAAUAAUUUAUUUUAUAUUUUAUUAAAAAAAGAGAAACCUAAAAUAUGCGUGAAGGUGGCGAAUAUUCAGCAGUUGAAAAUACUACAAAUUAUAAAGCAAUACAUUGUGAGAAGAUUCCCGAAUUAUUUUUGGAUAAAUUAGUGGCGAAAAAGCAUUUUAGUAAAUUCGGCAAAAUCAACAGAUUUAUAUUGAGGCCAAAACGUUUCAGUUGCACGGUGGAAUAUGAGAAUGAAGAGGAUGCAAAAUCUUCGGUUUUGGAAGCCGGCAAUUUUAACGGCGUUGAAUUUAUAGUAAAUUAUGCCGCCCAUGAAGUCGCUCAUGUUCAAAAUACUGAAGAAUGGGUAGAUCCUGAGGUCCAAGCUGAACUUGAAGCCAUGGGCUCUGGUCCAAAUUACUCUAAUAUAAAUCGUACAAAUAAAACUAUGGCUCUUAGUAGAGCAACUACGCUAACCAAACCUAUUACAACUAGUAUCAUUAAGCCAAUCAAAUCAAGCCAAAGCAACGAAGCAAUAGGGUUCGACGAUGAUGUACCACAAAUAGAUUGCAGUGAAUUAGAAGCUAUAUUGAAAAAACCGGCUUUAACGAAUGAAGAUAAAUAUCGUGUUUUAGAGGCGAGGGACAAAUUGAUAAGACUAGCUAACGUUAGACAAACAGAUAUCAAAAAAGCGGUGGCUACUCGUGGCACUUGCCCAGAUAUGUGCCCUGAAAAGGAGAGGUUAAUGCGAGAUUUUCAACGCCAGGUAUCAUCUUUUGAAUGGGCUGAUGAAGACGAAGAUCCCAAAACUACGAUUUCCCAUCGUAAAGCCAUUAAAGAAUAUUCACGCAGUAGUGCUGAUCAAGAAUUUCCUUUAGCUCAUGAAUUGCGCUCUGAAUCGGUCUUGCAGAUGACUAUGUUAUAUUUAAUGCAUCGCAUUAUGGAUUUAUGUGAAGAUCCCCAUAUUUCUUUAGGUGAUUGGUUCCACUUCGUUUGGGAUCGUACGCGUUCUAUACGUAAAGACAUCACCCAACAAGAAUUAUGCUCUUUAGAAGCCGUAGAAUUGGUAGAGCAAUGCGCUCGUUUUCAUAUACAUUGCGCAGCCCGACUCGUCGCCGAAGAGGUUGUCGUAUUCGAUAAAAAAAUCAAUGCCGAAAAUCUUACCAAGUGUUUACAAACGCUCAAGUAUAUGUAUCACGAUUUACGUUUGAAAGGUAUACAAUGUCCACGCGAGGCUGAGUUUCGUAGCUAUGUGAUUAUGUUAAAUUUGGCCGAUUCCAAUUUUCUUUGGGAAUUAAGACAACUGCCAGUACAUAUUCAAAAAGCUGAAGAAAUAAAAAAUGCAAUUGCUUUCUGUAGCGCUUUGCAAACUGAUAAUUAUGUACGAUUUUUUGCCAUGAUUAAAUCAGAUCAAAUUUCAUACCUUAGCGCCUGCAUAUUACUGGGUUAUUUUAAUAAAUUACGCUUACGAGCCAUGGAGGUCAUUAUUAAAUCACAUAAAUCUCAUAAAGCGAAGGUGUUUCUACCAAUAUCCUAUCUACAAAGAAUACUAGCUUUUGAAGAUGAAAAUGCAACAAUUAGUUUUCUUCAUUAUCUUGGCUGGCAGUGUAAAAAGGAAGAAGAAGGAGUAUUUUUGCAACGCAUAAAUAAACCAGAUGUGGAACAUGUUAUGGAUAGGGCUUUAAAGUUGGUAGAAUCUAAGCGGUUGGUCAGUGUGGGCGAAUGUAUUUCUGGCCAUCCUUUAAAUUCAGCGGAGUUAUUUGAGAAUCAUCAGCCUCAUAACAGUUUUGAUCCAAAUGGCUUUCUAACAUCCGAGGCUUGGACGGCCGAGGAUCAAUUGAAAGGGGAUUUUAUUAAAAAUAGGACGACAUUCCACUUAACUAAUCCAAAAAUCACGCAAGACAUACUGAAAACGUCAGCAUUAAAAUCUUCCACAGACGGCAAACUAUUCAAAAUUCCCUUUUCAACGCCACCAAUAUCACCGAAGCAACACAGACAACAGCAACACAAAUCCAUAUUUCCCAACUCCGUUGCUCAGUCAAAUCAAAAUACAUCCCCUGCGUUGGGAUUUCAACUUGAAAGUAAUAAUGAAAACUUUCAAAGACCUUCUUCAAUUGACAGCAGCAAGUUUGUUUUUAAAGUCAGCCCUGAAAAAGUAGCCGUAGCACAUACAAGCAUAUUUGAUCAACCAAAGCCUACAGAGAAAAUUUUUGGAUCGUUGACCAAGGAUACGAAAGGAGCUUAUAAGAUGCAUAAUAUAUUUCAACACUUUAAACCAGAGGACAAUUCAUUGCCGUCCCGUUCAUUUGAAGAAUUCACUACCACUAAUUUCGUGACCCAUAAGACUGAGGAACAAUUAAAGUUUGAAGAGAUGGAACGGCAUAAGCAGGAGUUGGAAAAGGUUCAAAUUUUGCAACAGAAGAAAUUAGAAGAAGAACGCCAAAAACUGGAACACAAAAUGAAAAUCGUAGAAGAGCGGAGAAAUAGACAAUUAAAGGAAAAAGAAGAAGAACGUAAAAGAGAACAAGAACGGAAGCAACUUAAAUUAAUAAGAGAAGUGAUAGACCAGGCUUCGGAGCAACAUCAGGAAUCAAUUGUCAAUGAGAUCGUGGAAACUCUGGUAAAGGAAGUGGCUUCCGACGAAUUGCAAAAGUAUAUUAGUUUAAAUAAAACUGCUCUUCAAGAACUCAAUUUUCUCUUUGAAGAACUUGUAUUUAAUAUUACCGAAGAAGUGGCCUGUGAAGAGUACGCAGUAAUAUGUUGUGAUCAAUUACUUUUAAAGAAAUACUUUUGCCGCUGGCUUAAAUAUUCGCACAGAGAAAAAGAGCAACGUAAACUUUUGGAUAAUACUCCUUUAUGGGUGACUAGCGACAGCCGAGCUCAGUGUACUGAGAAAGUGAGUCAUCCCAGUCAAAAGCAAAAUAUGGAAAUGAUCAAAAGAUAUCGUUUGGGUAUGUCCUGCGAUUUUAAACAACUUCUAUGGUCUGAUUACUACUGGCCACAUGAUCGUCUAAAUCUAUUUGCAUUAGUAGGACAAAAUUUAUUAAUCCAGACGCCGACGUUGGGUCCGUCUGGGGUCUUACCUUCUAUCAAAUAUUUUAAGCUGCUUAUAAGUUUACCUAGCGACGACGAGGAAUUACCGGGUUUUGAAACGUUUUGCAAUAGAUGGCUUAUAAAACAUAUUCAAGGAACACAAACCGAAAGUGGACCAUUUGUGCAUGGUAUUCAGCAUAAUAUAGCUUUGUGUGUAAGAAAGUUAAGCGGCAUUGAAGCUUUCAAUGAACAAGGUGAUCCCAGUAAGGAAGAGGCCAAUCACAAUGACGGUAUCAUCUUCUUUGUAAGUGGAAUAAACUUGCGCUAUUCCUCUCGUAAAAGAUUACAGCACUUAUUACAACUAGCGAAAAAUUAUAAACAUGUACCAUUAGCCAUAAUGGCUUAUAACUGUGAAAAUUAUGAUAAAUUUAGCUUAGAGCAACACUUAGAACUGCAACGCUUUGUGGAAGAAGGCCUCAUAGCUAAUUAUAAAUGCUUCGGUUGUCAGUUAACCUGCCGAGAAUUCAGUUUUCGUCAUUUAUUUGCGAAAGCCAUAAAUUUCAUUACAUACGAUACGUACAAAACGAAUAACAACGACGUGGAAGCAUUGGCUGAGCAAAAGUUAUUAACGUUUUUGGAGAGUUGUUUAGGGGAAGAAAUAUGGCGAAGAUGGCUCGAUUCUUCAAAGAAAAAUCCAAUAUUUUAUAAAAUCUGCUCUAUGCCAGAACAUGUAAUUGGAGUUUUUAAUAAAGCCGUUGAACAUUUGGAACAUAUAACUCAAGAGGAUCUAAUCGAAAUGCCAGAAUUUCCCAGUGAAUUGAAAGAGUUUGUACCCGAACGACCGAAUAAUUCCGAUAUACCAUUGGGUUUGGAAUACUUCCCGGACAACUGGAAGGACUCACAACGUUUAACUGUAAUAAAAGAGGUAUUAGAAAGGAUUCGUUUGCCUACAAGAAUGAAAACAUUUCCUAAAGAUAUAAAUGCAGUGGAUGUUCAAGUUUGGCUCUUAAGUUACACCUCCGAAUGUCUACCGGAGGAGGAUGAUUAUUAUAUUAUUGAAAUCGCUCAUCGCGCCAUAGGGGAACUUUACAACCAACUUAAUUACAUGAAUGUACAAAAAAUUGAUUUUGAAAGUUUGCAGAUGCUUAAUUUCUUACAAAUUUUGAAACCCAUAGCACACGCUCGUAUUAAUUCCGUCUUAAAAAAGUUAAAAAAGGAACAAUUGUCGUCACCUGUCAUCUAUUUACGCAAUGAUUUAGAAAAUUAUCAAAUUUUACCGUGGUGGCUAAAUUAUCAGGCUUUAAGUCAAGUGACCGUAAAUCAAAUAUCAGUACCUGAAGAAAAUCUCCCCGUAAAAAAUAACGAAAGAUGUGAAAUUUCAAUGAAUGAGGUUAAUGCCAUUAUAGAAACGGCCGAAAAAGUCACACAAAAACUUGAAGAGAACUUACAAGCUGCUAAAAUGCAAAAGAAAAGUUCCCAUUAUUCAAAUAAUACGACGAAUAUAGAGCGUUAUCUCGAUAAGACAUGUUACCAGUUCGAAUUAACAAAGAAAACUUUAGAGUUGGAUAGAUCGUAUGUGCAGAAAAUAAACCAAGAUGUUGAUGAAUCAAUAGAAGAGGUAGUAACACAAGCUCUUAGCUCUCCUAAGGGAAGGAAGCGCAAAAUCAGUGAAAAUCCCGAUGAUAUGAAAAUUGUAAUUGAUAAGGCUAUGGAUUUAAUAAAACAAAUGGAUUGCUUAGAAGAAAAGAAGAAACGUUUGCGUACCUCGUCGUCGUUGCGCGGCGGAUGCGGCCAGUUUCACCAAUGAACGACAAAAAUUAUUACAAUUACAUUUCUACGUUGUUUUAUAUUAAGGUAGUGUUGUAAUAUUUUAUUUUCAUUUUUUAUAUUUAAGUAUUUUAUUUUCAAGCCGUUUGCAGGAGUAUUAUUAUUAUAAUUUUUUUUUUCUUUUUUUAAUUUGUUGAAAGUAACAUUUGUAUCUAUUUGCGAAAAGUUUUCUCAAAUUUUGAUAUGAAUUUUUUUCGCUGUAAUAUUCUAAAUAUUUUUACUUUCAAAGGAUGAAAAUGAACAGAAAUAUAAAAUGAGAAACAAAUAAGUCUAAGGACGAUCCAAAAGCGUGA